AUGGAGAAAAGCUCACCUACUAAAUCUGGAAUAAAGCAUUGCAUGACAUUUCUCGAGCUCGAAGAACGGUGCUCUCUGACUCCAAAGGCAAGACAAAAGCCAUCUCGUACCACCAAACACGCGAUUUUCGAAAUGGCAGGCAGAUCCAAUGCUCCCCAGACAUGCAUCCCCUCUGACUCUUUCAUCCACGCGCUUUCCUUUCAAUGUACUACCCGAGCAGCGCUACCACCAGCUGGAGAACCGAACAAGCCUACAGAUCUCCAACCACAACCGCACACGUUUCAGAGCAUGCCCCUAACAACAAUCCACUACACAUGUCCCCAUACCCGCCAAAUUCAAGGCCGAGAAUGUUCCUGUUUCUACAAUCAAAUGCUGAAAAUCAAUGAUCCUCGUCACUUCAAUUCCCCUUGGCUUCCCUUCGAUCGUUUGCGCGGUUGUCGACACGAUCGGACAAUUUAUCGACCCUAUGCGUGUUCGGAGUGUAGAGAGCGGAGGGAGAGGGAGUUGGAGAGGUUGUAUUUCUUGGAGAGGUUUGGCGGCGGGAGGAGAGGAAGUAUGGGCAGACGGAGACAUGGUGAGGGGUUUGGUGGAGGAGGAGGAGGUGGUGGGAUCUGGGUUGAUCGAUGGAGGAAUGGACCUUGGUGGUAUCCUAGGGAUGGGAGGGAGAGGAGGAACUCGAUGAUGCAUGCAUGCAUGACUGAAUCUUCAAGUCGUCGUCGUAUGGAUCUGGUAGCCACUGCGAAAAGCAAAAUGAGACAGGGCUUGUGUGAGCGUUGGUAUGAUGAGGUUGGUCAGUUGAUUUGCAUGUACAUAUACCGCGAUGACGGCUUCGAAGUGCCAAUGGGCGUUGUUCAGCUGGUAUGUUUUCCGAUUUAUCUCGAGAACCAUGAUAAAAGUAAAGACAACCACGCAGCUACUCAUAGCUUUCCAUAUAAUGAUACAAAAGUUCUAGGUGACUUCGGUCCCAGGGUAUCCAACCUCAUGAGUCUCUCUCUUUGCCCCCCAGGUCAAUGUGUAAUGAUACAGUAUCUCCUUCCACGCUGA